CCUAUACAUACACAAACCUCACUGUAUAUAUCUAUCUUAUCAAUAUAUAUAUAUAUCAAUUAAUAAUAAGCAAGCGGUAAAUAAAAAUACCUUCUCUGGAUACUUCUGAACACCUCAUUCAUUAUAUAAUUAUUACUUCAUUCAUUCACAAAAUAUAAAUUUCAUUUAUUUCAAUUCAAUUCAUUACAUGCAUCUGUAUGGCAGACCUAAAAGAGCGGCUGCUCCCACCAAAACCUGCAUCAGCCACAAACCUCAGAGAUGCAUCACAUAGGCCGUCUGCAUCUGGACGUCAGCCAUUUCAAGGGGUGGAUGUUUUAGGUCUCAAAAAGCGAGGCCAAGGUUUGCGUUCAUGGAUCCGAGUUGAUGCUGCAACAGGGGAAUCCCAAGUUAUUGAGGUUGACAAGUUUACGAUAAUGCGUCGUUGUGAUCUCCCUGCACGGGAUCUUCGGUUGCUUGAUCCGUUGUUUGUGUAUCCGUCAACAAUUCUGGGAAGAGAGAAGGCUAUUGUUGUAAAUUUGGAGCAAAUUCGGUGUAUUAUUACAGCUGAUGAGGUUCUGCUUUUGAAUUCCCUUGAUAGCUACGUGUUGCAAUAUGUCGUGGAACUUCAAAGACGGUUGAGAGCUGCAGGGGUUGGUGAGGUAUGGCAGUCCGAAGGGUCGGAGUUGAAUAGACGUAUGGGAAAUGAUAGAUUCGUUGGGGAUAUGUUUAGGAACACGUCACCUGACUAUUUGCCGUUUGAGUUCAGGGCUCUAGAAGUUGCGCUAGAGGCUGCUUGUACAUUUCUGGAUACUCAGGCAGCAGAAUUAGAAAUUGAAGCGUAUCCAUUGCUAGAUGAACUUACUUCAAAGAUCAGUACUUUGAACUUGGAACGUGUUCGUAGGCUGAAAAGCAGACUUGUUGCAUUAACUCGAAGGGUUCAGAAGGUACGAGAUGAAAUAGAGCAAUUAAUGGAUGAUGACGGAGAUAUGGCUGAAAUGUACCUCACUGAGAAGAAAACCCGGAUGGAUUCACUAUUUGAUGGCGCGGAACAAUCUCUGAUGGGAUACAGGUCAAACGAUGGUGCACAAUCCAUUUCUGCCCCAGUUUCUCCAGUUUCAUCACAUCCAGAAAGUCGAAGGCUUGAAAAAACUUUCAGUAUUGCAAGAAGUAGGCACGAUAGCAUGAGGAGUUCAGAAAGUGCAAACAAAAACAUUGAAGAACUGGAGAUGCUGUUGGAGGCUUAUUUUGUUGUCAUUGAUAGCAGUCUCAAUAAAUUAACAUCACUGAAGGAAUACAUCGAUGACACUGAAGACUUCAUCAACAUCCAACUGGAUAAUGUCCGGAACCAACUUAUACAGUUUGAGUUGAUACUAACUACCGCAACGUUUGUUGUUGCCAUCUUUGGAGUGGUGGCAGGCAUAUUUGGAAUGAAUUUUAUGAUUCCGUUGUUUGAUAAUACGUCGGCAUUUACGUGGGUGCUGGUGAUCACCGGGAUUACGGGGGCCAUCAUUUUCAGUUCAUUUUUGUGGUUUUUCAGAUAUAAAAGGCUCAUGCCAUUGUAGAUGCUUUAUUGAAUGGAUUGUUCAAGUGUAAUUGUUAUCACAAUCAAAAGGCUUCAAUAUUUUUGAAGUUAAACUGAAGCUCUCUUGUAAAGAAAAUUCGGCUCGAUGAGCUUGCAAAUCAAUUUAUACAUGACCUUUUUUGGUA